AUGCCACCUACCGCCUCAGCAGUCCGCGCCGCCAUCCCUCGGCGCCGCAACCCAGCCCUCCUCGCCAAACUGCCCCCGCCCAAGCUCCCCAUCUUUCGAAGCGUUGUCGCGCACCCGCCCGCACCGUUCGCCGUGCCGCAGAAGGUCAAGCAGGGAGACAAGGGAAAGGCCAAGGAGGAGCAGCCCGUCUCGCCUACCCAGCUCAUCGGCCCUCACCAGGUCAUCUACACGACCGCACCCCGCGCCCUGAUCCCCCUCACGGCAUCCCCUUCAAACCACAAGCUGUGGAACCCGCCCGCGCCAGACUCGGACGUCGACCGAGGACUGGAGAGGGACGAGUCGGGCCGUCUCGCACGUUUCGCUGCGCGGUUCGAGGGUAUGGAGGGAAUGGAGGGACGGAGCGCGCUCGACAUGUUUGGACUGGAUGCAAGCAAGGAGCUCAUGGAGGGAGACGGGACCGGUCAGGGCGGAGGACAGGUUGUCGGGCGGGACCAGAUCAAGAAGCCGAAGCGAGCGUCCAAGCAGCAGAAGAGGCGGUAG